AGGCAAUAGAAGUUGAAAACCCUCUCCUAAAAACAUCCUUCUCACUUUGCUGUGAGCUUUCCCACUGUCUUCAACAUGGCUGGUGGCAUUACUGACACAGGAGAGCUUUACUCUCCCUAUGUUGGUCUGGUUUACAUGUUCAACCUCAUCGUUGGAACAGGCGCCCUAACCAUGCCGAAGGCCUUUGCGGCAGCAGGGUGGCUCGUCAGCCUCGUUCUCCUAAUGUUCCUGGGAUUUAUGAGCUAUAUGACUACGACCUUUGUGGUGGAAGCCAUGGCUGCUGCAAAUGCCCAGCUGCGAUGGAAGAGAAUGGAAAAACGCAAGGAGGAUGAUGAGGAUGAGGAUUCUUCCUCUGGAGUAUCAGACAGUGAUGUUCUCCUCCAAGAUGGCUACGAGCGAGCAGAGACACGACCUAUCCUGUCAGUUCAGAGACGUGGUUCACCCAAUAUCUUUGAAAUCACCGAGAGAGUAGAAAUGGGUCAGAUGGCUUCCAUGUUCUUCAAUAAAGUGGGUGUCAACCUCUUCUAUUUCUGCAUAAUUAUCUACCUCUAUGGGGACCUGGCAAUCUACGCAGCAGCUGUACCAGUCUCCCUCAUGCAAGUGACCUGCAGUGCCACUGGCAACCAUUCCUGCAGUGUUGGAGAUGGCACAAAGUAUAACGAUACAGACAAGUGCUGGGGACCAAUUCGACGGAUUGAUGCUUACAGACUGUAUCUGGCAGCAUUCACUCUCCUUCUGGGUCCUUUCACCUUCUUCAAUGUGCAGAAGACCAAGUAUCUUCAAAUCAUGACCUCCCUCAUGAGAUGGAUAGCUUUCAUCCUCAUGAUUAUUCUGGCCCUUAUCCGCAUCAGCAGAGGCCAAGCUGAAGGCCACCCGUCCAUGGCCCAGCUGUCGGGCAUCCGCAAUCUCUUUGGGGUGUGCGUCUACUCCUUCAUGUGCCAGCACUCCCUGCCGUCCCUCAUCACACCCAUCUCCAAGAAGAAACAUGUCAACAAGCUCGUGCUGCUUGAUUACAUCCUGAUCCUGGCUUUCUACAGCCUCCUGUCCUUCACUGCCAUUUACUGCUUCCGCAAUGACACCCUCAUGGACAUGUACACACUCAACUUCACCAACUGCAAGAUCAUCAGCGUUGCCUUCAUUCGUUACUUCCUGGGCCUCUUCCCCGUCUUCACCAUCAGCACCAACUUCCCCAUCAUCGCAGUGACCCUGCGCAACAACUGGAAGACCCUUUUCCACAGAGAAGGGGGGACCUACCCAUGGGUGGUGGAUAGGAUUGUCUUUCCUGCCAUCACGCUGAUUCCCCCAGUGCUGGUAGCUUUUUGCACCCACGACCUGGAGUCCUUGGUGGGGAUCACGGGAGCCUACGCUGGCAAUGGGAUCCAGUAUCUCAUUCCAGCCUUCCUGGCAUACUGCAGUCGGAAGGACACUCAGUUGGUUUUCGGCAGCGGGACGGUUAACAAGCACCUCUCCCCUUUCCGGCACACCUUCUGGAUUGUGUUCGUGCUCAUAUGGGGCUUUUCUUGCUUUGUGUUUGUGACUGCGAACAUUGUCCUGAGCGAGUCAAAACUCUGAUGUGGGGGUAGCAGCAUGCUCCCUCCUGGGCUCCUGAGACUUCAGCAUUUCAGCUCCCACUCUGGGACUGUGGAGUGGGGGAGAGGCAAUAUGAAGGGAAAUUUCCAGGCCGUCGGCUUGGUGGCACAGGUUAGACCUGUACACAGACUUUCUUCACUCCGUUUUGGGUGUGGAUGGAGUGGAUUUAGCCUUGUUACAAUCCUGGUUCUCAGACCUGCUAUCCAAAGCCAUGGGGCUGAGCCCUUGGCAGCCUGCACGAUUAACCAGUGUCCAGCCAUUUCAGCCUGCAGCUCUGUUGGAGCAGCACUUUCUCUGUCCCUACAGUGGCUCUCUGUGUGCUGCAGGUCUCGGCACACAAGAGAGCAGACAGCCUUGGCUGCUCACUACACUAAUCGGCUGAAUGUCCCUUCUCCCAAAGACAGGGACGUGCUGUGCAGAAUCUGGCAGGAGUUUGGGAGAACUGAGUCUCUUCCUUUUGCUGAGACCCCUUCAAACCAACCUCCUGUGCCAGCUGAGGGAAGAAAAUAGGGUGGGAAUAGACCUAAUUCAGAGGAAAACAAUUUUGUGCUCUGUUACAUUUUCUUUUUCUAGAGGCAUUAACCUGUUUGUGCACCAUGGAUUGCCUGGGAUCUUUUGCUUAGAGAUGGAUUUCUCCAGCCCAGGAGUUUACAUUCACACUUCUCAUCCUGUUCCUGUGCUGUGGCAGCCCCAGCCGGACAGAGCAAUGCCCCUAUGCAUGCAGAGACACAGCUCUUGACCCCUGGAAAGGAAACUGCAGCCUUGCAUCCCUCGGCUCCUGCAUGCAGCUGGCAGAGCCCUUCUCCCUGUCCCACCUUUGCACGGGGCUGGUACAACAGCCAGACCCUGACUCCAGUGGUCAGGAUUGAUGUGGGCUGGGGAGCUGCUAAUUACCCAGUCCCCACACGCGGGAGGCCGGCAAGAGCUCUGGCUGUGCACACCGAUGCUUUUCCAGCCUCCUGCGCUGGGUAAUGAGCCUUGAAACAAGGUGGGUGUUAACUCAAGGGAGCAGGCUGGUGCCAGGAGGAAGCGGCGGUGCCCUGGCUUAGCUCUGCCUGCCUGCAGGAGCAGAGCUCCCCAGCGCUGCGGCAGAGCGAAAACUGAAACCCUGCUGGAGCUGGGCUUGAAUCCCCCCCUUUUCUCUUUCUGCACGGGGUUGUGGUGGGCUUUGGGCUGGUCCUGCUCAACUUAUCUGAGAAUUAGGCUGCCUGUUACCUUGGGUGGCCAGUGCUCUGGGUGAGUCUCUGCUUCUGGGGGUCACUCUAACACCACAUGGUGACAAACACUGGGUCCUGUGCUCUGAGGCCCUUGGGCAAAGAUCGUGGGUUUUCUAACAAAAGGAAGAACUUAAAAGUUUUCACCUGAAAUAUUUUAAACCCCCUUAUUAAAGCCAGUUCAAAGCCAGGUGCAUGUCACUUCUGUUAGAUCCUCUUGCCCUCUGCACUUGCUGCAGUAUUAAGUGUCACUGCUCGCUAAAGCAAGCUUUGAACUGCAGCUCUUUUUAAUCAAGCCCUGUUUUCAAGUAGGACUUUCUGGUUUCCAUAUGACCUGAAGUGCUCCUCCUGGGGGAAUAUGCAAGUACCUGGAGCUGUAUAAAAACACUUCAUGGCUUUUAAAGCAAAACCCUGCACCUCUCAAGCCUGAGCACCGCCAGUGUGUCCUUGCGAAGCUGCUUGGAGAGGAUCUGGGGGGGACUGUUUGCCUCCUCUCCAGCUUGAUCCUAAACAGGAAUUGGCAGCCCUCGCUGGUGAGUUUAAACAUCCCCAAGUGCCCCAGGGAAGCUGAUGUGGCAGGUGUCUCAGGAAAAGGUGGGUUGAAGGACAAAUUCAUGGGGCAGCAGAGCUUGGAGCCACCUGCGAGGCAGCGGGGAGCUGGGCAGAGCCGGAGGGAGGAAUUUAAUGCUGAUGAGCCUUUGGGAAGCUGGAGAGGCGGCGGGGGCUGUUCCUGUGCACAAGUGCACAGGUGGGGGUUUAUGGAGGGGGCUGAGGCCUUUCCUGUGGUGCUGGCUGCCCAUGCUUUGCAAGGCACUUGGCUCAGCCUCCCUCCCUUCAAGUGCCCAUUUCAAUCUCUUGCCUUCACAUUUCAUUGCCAGCCAGCGAAUGGGGCUGUUUGCAGUUAGUUCAUCUCCUCUCCUCCCUUCCCCUGUUGGGGUUGCCCUUGGUCUCCCUCCCUUCCUGCCCCUGUUUGAGGCAGGGUGCCCUCCUGCCUGCUUUGCCUGGGGUGGGAGCAGGCAGGGAACCCUGCCUGGCACACCCUCUUCUGCAAUCUCUUACACUUAAAGAUGUGCCUUCUCUCCCUGGCCGGGGCGCCCACCUCUCCUGCUCAGCACACUCUGGCAGUGACUUCUAAGAGCUGCUUCCAUCCGGGUUUUGGAGGCCGUGGCACAGUGAGGGCUCACGUGCUGGCCCCAGCCUUUGCUGGGGUACCUUACCGAGAAGGACUCUGGUCCCCAAGGAGCACGAGUGCUUCUUAAAUAAAUAACCACAAACUCCCAGACACCCGCUGUCCUUGCACAGCAGCAAAACAAAUCUGUCUGAGGAAUCGGGGUGAUUAACAGAAAGAAGCUCUACAGUAGAGAGAACAUUUUUCAUAUAAAACAUGACAACAAUGCCUUAAAAAUUACUGGAGAAAGCGGGAAGGGGAUGGCUCAGCGGAGCCAGCGCUGGCCGGGGGGACACUGGGUGUCCCUGGCUCGGUGCAGGGCAGGAGCUCCCUCCUCUCACCCAUCACGAAUGAGUCUAUUUUUAUUUGGCCAUUAUCAACACUAACACUUCAUUAUUACAGAUUCUCACGUGAUGCUUGUCCUGACUGUAAUUAGGUUUCAAAAAAUGGGAUUAAAACCAAUAAAAUGCACAUUAUACAUCUGGUUUAGUCUGGCUUCUUUUCCCCCCCCCCCUUUCCUCUUCUCGUGUGUGCACUCAGCAGCUCUUCCUGGCGGGGACGGCUGUGACUGAUGGGGCUGCAGGCCAAGGAGAAAUGGGAAGCGGGGAGGCUAAUGGAGACCCUCACCUCUUCUUCUCUAUUAGCCUCCUGCGACUCUGGGCGGUAGCUGCAAACUCAAUUAAAACAUCUGUACUUUCCCCUUCUCAAUUACGGCUCUUUACACUUAAAACCAAACAAAUUGAAUUGCUCCGCCGCCUCAGGCUGCAAAGGCAGUUUCUGCCAACAAAUUUAUUAUCGCCAUAAA